AUGAAGACUUUCCCCCUUCUUCCUCUGACUCUCCUGGCCUUCCUUUUGAGCGUUCCCCGUGGAGCUGCUACCCGUGGCAGUGAUGUGGCCAAGUCUUGCUGCUUCCAGUAUAGCCACAAGGUGCUUCCCUGGAACUGGGUGCACACCUACGAGUUCACCCAGAGCAGCUGCUCCCAGCCCGCUGUGAUAUUCACUACGAAAAGAGGCAAGAAGAUCUGUGCCCAACCAAUGGAAAAAUGGGUGCAGAGAUACAUUUCUUUAUUGAAAACUCAGAAACAAUUGUGA